AUGUCGAAGGAAUUUCGUCGUCGCAGCAGCCUUCCGACCUCACCUUCGCCAUGGCUGUCCGCGGACAUCCCAGUCCAAGAGCUGUGCCGAAAGCCUCACCAGUCUACAUCAUUCCUCAGUUUGCCUUCCGAAAUCCGAUUGAAAAUAUACGGAUUCGUCUGUCCAGAGAUCGAAAUAGAUUGCCGCACCCUCUUCAGACCUUCCGCUAAUCCAACCACGGAGCGUUUUAUCUGCAAAACCACGCAUCGAAUUCAUCUCUUGUUGACUUCACGGAAAGUGUAUGCUGAGGCAAAACCAGUCUUCGAUUCGGCCCCUGUCGCUGUUGCCUGCCGUUUGUAUAUCUAUCCACCACAACCAUUAAUCCCGCUCGACUUCCCACAAUCUGCUCUUCCUCGCGUUUACAAACUCAACGUCGCAGCAGCGCCCCAACCUUACUUUGGCGGACUUGGCCUGGCAUUCGGCCACAACUGGCUGGACCGCAACAUCUGCCCAAAUGUGCGCGUCAUAUGCAGGGCCUGGCCAAAAAUAGAGCCUCUCUCGUACAAGAGCCACAGAUUCUCAAUUGAAAAGGAGAGCCCACUUCAUUUUAUACCUCUGCUACUGCCUGGAUCACCAAUCGACCCUCGAGAUUACGGCAUCACAAAUGGAAACAUACAUAACCUCUUUGAGGUGUGCAAAUCAAGAGGUGCUAAUGAUUGUUGGCGGAACUUCGUGGUCAGGGAGAACGCCUGGAUCACGCACCACGAUCUGACUGUGAAAACGACUUACAGGAUCGGACUCAGGGCACGAACCCAAGAAGUGACCAAUUGCAUGGGACCGUGGAUUGUCUUCGAAAGUUGGCUGGACGUCGUCGUUAUUCGGGACAAGAAUGGGAUCAGGAUUGACGGGCUGCCAGAUCUGCGCGCGUCCGCAUGGUGGAAGGAAUGGACCGACAGUUUUCAACUCCCUCCUUCGCAGCAACUCGUCAUACUCGAGACCUGCACCGAGUUCCCUGAGCGGGCCAUUGACAGUGACAGGCCUUGGAACAUCGUGCGCUCCAGCUUAGAGAGUGUUGAAGAGAAUUGA